GGACACAACAGAAUGAGCUAGAAGAGCGUACGUGUCGUCGAAGACGCCGGUUCUAAAAUCAUGUUUUUACGCAGCGAAAAGCUGCUCAUGUAAAGACGCCACGAAGACGUUUUUGUCAAAAAGCAUCCGGAAGCUCUUUACGGUCGAAACGCAAUAUUUUAAUGACGUUAUGUGGUGGCCUUGGCCCCUCGUGUCUGUUCUGGUGCUGUGCUCUCUCUUGUCUGUGGGCACUGUGCGGACCGCACCCUGCCAGACCUGCCGCAAACUUACAAACAGCUUCAUCAAGGGCUUGGAGCGAACCGCUAAUAAGAAUUUUGGUGGAGGGAAUACGGCUUGGGAAGAAGAGAAAUUGGCAAAAUAUGCACGUAGUGAAACCCGUCUGUUAGAGAUCGUAGAGACUGCAUGUGACAAGUCAGACUUUGACUGCAACAAACUACUGGAGCAGAUUGAGGAUCAGGUGGAAACCUGGUGGUUUCACAGGCAGCAUGACGCACCAGACCUGUUUGAAUGGCUGUGCAUUGAGGAGCUCAGACUGUGCUGCCCGCCAGGACACUAUGGACCGGAGUGUGCAGAGUGUCCGUUAGGUCCUGGGGGUGUGUGCGGUGGUCUUGGUCGAUGUGAGGGUGAGGGCACACGUCUGGGAGAUGGAGAAUGUGUUUGUGACCCAGGAUACUCAAGUCCCCUGUGUCAGGACUGUGCUGAUGGAUACUACAGAGAAAAGAGUUCCAAUCACACACAACCACCCUGCUCAGCUUGUUUUAACUCCUGUAAAAAGUGCACUGGUCCACAAGACAACAGAUGUCAAGACUGUAAGCCUGGAUGGAUCCUUCACAACAACAAGUGUGUUGAUGUGGAUGAGUGCGGGACUGAGUUGGCUCGAUGUCCAUCUAACACCUACUGCUUCAACACAGAUGGCUCUUAUGAAUGCAGAGGUUGUGAUCAAGCAUGUGUCGGCUGUAUGGGGAGUGGACCUGCUCGCUGUAAGAAAUGCUCUCGAGGAUUCAGGCUCACUGGUGCAAAGUGUCUAGACAUUGAUGAGUGUUCUGAAAAAGCACUUGCCUGUCCUGGACUCAAUGAAGCUUGUGUUAAUGAGGAGGGAUCCUUCCGCUGCGAGUGUGCGGAGGGAUAUAUUCGACGAGACAGUAUUUGUGUGGAGAAUCUACCACCUACCGGUCCAAAGCAGGGUCUGUUUGAUGAGAUGACGGACGACGAGAUCCUUGUUCUGCAGCAGAUGUUCUUUGGGGUUGUGAUCUGUGCACUAGCUACUCUGGCUGCCAAAGGAGACAUGGUCUUUACGGCCAUCUUUAUAGGAGGUGUGGCUGCAAUGGCAGGAUACUGGCUUUCUGAGAAAGGCGAUCGCGUGCUGGAUGGCCUCCUUAAAGGGCGCUAAUUAAUCAGACACUAGGAGACUCAAAUGUGGAUAAUGCCAAGCUGUCAGGCAAUUCAGACAUUUAGAAACGCCAUGGACUAUGGGUUUGUUAGCUGGCGCUAUAGCAGUGCAUGUCAAUCAGGGAUGCUAUGAGUUGGGGAUACUGUAAGUGGCAUUAGCUAUGCUGCUUUUUGAUGCUCUGAAUUAGUGGAUAAUGAUGUUUGUACCAAGCUUAUUUAUAACACUGUGUUUCAACAGUUCAAUUGCUGCUGUAUUUAAUGAGAUUAGAAUAGGCUGUUUGACACAAGGCAGUGGUUACAUAUUUGGACUGACCUGAAGAAAAGCAACAGGUACUGUACAUAUUGGCAUGGAUCUUUCUUUUUUGCUACCUUAGAAAGUACAGGUAAUGUCCUUUACUUUGUUUAUACAAUAUCAUAUUGGUUUUACAUAUACUGUAAUUAUUUAUGGGUUCCCUUAUAAAACUGCCUGUAGACUUCGAAAGAGAGAUGAGCUUGUUGCCGUGCUUGGGUAUUUUCAACAAAAAAAAGAGGUAACACUUUAUUUUACGGUGCCCUUGUUACGCAUGUUACAUGUAUUUACUAUAAAUUAUGCAUAAUUACAUGUAACUAACCCUGACCCAAACCCUAACCCUAUAGUAAGUACAUGUAGUUGCUUUUUAUUACUCAGUACUUAAAUGUAUAAUUACACUGUAACACGGGCACUGUAAAAUAAAGUGUAACCAAAAAAUAAAAUUAUAUCAUAUGAAAAGAUACUGAACACUCCAAAAGGAAGGCAGGUAGCUAGCAAGUGAAAAAACUCUUCUUGCACAAAUGUGGACAUACAUGGGACGUACAUUCCCAAAUGCAUGAACUGUGACCCUAUCGAUGAUUUCUAGUGUGUUUGAAUUUGAAAAAACACUGAUUGUAUGUUUGUCAAUAUGUUUAAAAAUACACUAAAUUAUUUGGGUCAUUUUAAUUGGGUCCCAAUAUAUUUUGACCUAAGAAUCUCUGUGACCUGUCCAAACACUUUUGAUUACUGGAUUUUAAAAAUAUAUUAAUGAUUUUUAAAAUAAUUUAUUUCAGACUGAUUUGUGAACCGGUUUCAUUGAGAAUUGCCAACUCUGAAAUUGUACAACACCCAUGGCUUACAAAAUUAAAAAAACAACAAUAGGAAAAUGUACUUAAUUGCCAUGAUUUUUUUAGGCUUGGAAAACUAUUUAACAAUUCCUUAUUAUUUUCAGGUUAUUCCAUGACACUGGAUGUGCUUAAUCAGUGCUUGACAUUAAGCAUUGUCAUGUGGUUGUCCUUCGGACAAGUAAAUUUGUCAUUCACUUGUCCGAUUACAAAAAAUACUUGUCCAAGAUAAAAAAUUAUAUUUCAUUUGAAUUCUCAAUAUAAUUGUUUCGGAUUUAGAUUGGUCAAGUUUGCUUCUAAGCAUUUUAACUAUAGUGUCCGCUUUGGCCGCCUGAAUUUGGUUAUAGACCUACUCUCCGUGACUGCUAUUAAACAAAGGCAAGCAGUAAUUAUUAUGCUAAGGCUGCAAGUUAACUUUUUUUGCACAUAGCACUGGUGCUACAGUGGUUUAAAGUUUGGUAGCACAGGCCAAACUGUAGGAGCACAAGUAAAUCGUCUGUUAUCAUCAUUAAAAAAAAGUGCAAGUGCAGUUCAUCAUAAAUACGCAGGUAAAUAUAUGGAAGUAUUUCAAUGCCAUUAGUCUUUGAAGCAAAAAAGCAUGUUGAAUUACCACUAAUCAAAAAUAAAUCUGUUGCAUUACCAGUGCUUGCAUUUUUAGAGUCUGCAAUUCAAUAUGGUUGUAUAUUUAAGCUGUGAAUAUUUCAAAUUGAAACAUUUCACGCACAAUUUCACCGUUUAAAAAUUAAAUAAUCAAAAUUCGCCUUUUAAAUUUCACUUAAAAAAUUCAACUUGUUAUAAAAUACAA